CGGCAUCGUUCGUGAUGGCGAUAGUCCAACCCCCGAAUCCGAGGGCCAAGGAUGUUCGAUAUUAAGCAUCGGACCACUUCGGUCUACAUCGUCCUCGACCGCACGCUUCAUAUCGUCUGAAGAUAUAUGAUUGUCCAUGAUAACAGUACGUGGUCGUUCGACCAAUGGUUCGAGCGUCUCAGGCGUCUAUAGACGGGACUGGCCGAGUCGAAAGUAUAAGAAUCUCGAGGAGCCUGACCAGACACUUGUGCUAAGCUUGGUUGGUGGCAUCUCCAGUACGAGCAUCAUCUCCAGCCGCUCGCAAGAUGCAUCUAACAGCGGCGUAUUGCUUUGGACUGGUGGCUAGUCUGGCUCAGGGGUUCGUCCUUGAUAGGCAAGCUGCUCUAGAAGAUUGUCUUUCGAGCUCUUCCAGAUUGGACGAGGUCGGCUCGGACGACUAUAACCGCGAUGUCACACCGUUCAACAAGCGGUUGGCCUUUCGACCCGCAGCAAUUGCCGUACCGACUACGGUAGGCCAGAUCCAGGGCGCCAUAGCAUGUGGUGCGAAGCUGGGAUACAAGGUCAGUGCGAAAUGUGGUGGACAUAGCUAUGCAUCCCUAGGUCUCGGAGGGGAGGACGGCCAUCUCGUCAUCCAGCUAGACCGCAUGAAUUCGGUCAAGCUAGACACCGAGACAAAUAUCGCAACUGCAGAGUCAGGAACCAGGCUGGGUCAUCUAGCCGCGGAGCUGUUCGCUCAAGGAAACCGUGCCAUCUCCCACGGAACUUGCCCCGGUGUUGGCAUUUCCGGCCAUGUAUUGCACGGUGGUUUCGGUAUGAGCUCCCACACUCAUGGAUUGGCGUUAGACUGGGUAGUGGGGGCCAAUGUGCUAUUGGCAAACGGAACGCUCGUCCACACGUCGGCAACGGAGAACAAGGAUCUCUUCUGGGGUCUGCUCGGGGCGGGAUCGAAUUUUGGCAUCGUCACGAGCUACGAACUCAAGACGUUUGAACCGCCUGCAAACCUCACAUGGUUCGUAGCGAGUUUACCGUUAAGGAAGAACACGUCGGUCGCAGCUUUGGAGGCGCUUGAAGACUAUGCCUUGAAUACUAUGCCGGCAGAGUUGAACAUGCGACUCUUUGCUACCCGUCAGUUCACUCAGCUCGAAGGCGCUUACCACGGAAGCAGAGAAGGCCUUGAAGCUGCCCUUGCGCCUCUGUUGAACAAGACUGGAGGCAGGAUCUCGCAGGCUCAGACGACUGGCUGGAUCAAGAGUCUGGAGCAUUUUGCUACUAUGACGCUCAACCAAACAUACCCCUACACACAAAAGCAAGAGGAAUUCUACGGCACGAGUCUAGAGCUGAAAGGCCUUGGCGGGACCGCUGCGAAGAAUUUCGUAGACUACUGGUUCGACGUGGCCAAGAACGAGACGACGCGGUGGUACAUCCAGCUGGAUCUGCACGGAGGCAAGAACUCAGCGGUGUGGAAAGCCGACCCGACGCUUUCGUCGUACGCACAUCGCGACAAGCUGUACAUCCUCCAGUUCUACAUCACGACGGGCACUGAACCCCAGGCCGCCUUCGAAUUCGCCGACAAAUGGGCAGCAACCACGACGGCUCCGCUGGCCCGGGACGACUGGGGCAUGUAUUUCAACUACCCGGACACGAACCUGAACCGGACGACGGCGCAGCACAUGUACUGGGGGAAGAAUCUCGCUCGGCUGCAGCGCCUUAAGGCAAAGCUCGACCCCAAGGAAUUGUUCUACUACCCAGUAUCUAUCAGCCCGUCGCGGCGCGGGUUCGCGUAGGAGGAGCGUGCAUCUAGGCAGUAGUUACGAAUUCGAUAUACUGUAUAUACGGGGGCGCGUAUGUUUCGGGUGUUUGGCUCGCGGGUCAGGGGUCCGAUGUAUGCUAGAUGCUAGCCGUUCG